ACCUCUAAACAUAUAAACCAAAACAUGUUACUUUCGGCGAACGAUAAAUUUAUAUUAAAUUUAUCGCUUCCCCAGCCGGCACUGGAUUAUAAAAUCGUAAAUUCGUCGGGAAAUUUUACGUGCGUUCCGUGGUCAGUAGUCUACAAGAAUAACAAAUCGAUGUUCAUUUUUUUUAUAACUAUCGCCCCCAUCGUGUUCGUGAUGGGUUUGGUGGGCAAUUCGUUGGGACUCAAAAUCGCUUUUAGAGAAAAAUCGCAUCCCAAUGUCAUAGUGACCCGCGCUCUGUACUCGGCUAACGUCAUAAAUUUCGUGACCAUGUUCAUAUACCCCAUUCUGGAUUUGAUUGGGGAGCUCAAAUUCUAUAAAUUUUGGACCAAAAAACCUUGGAAUAGGUACAUGGCGAAUUUUCAUUUUCCCAUAGCUAAAUCGUUGGUCAGUUUUUCCUUCGGUAUUUACGUCAUACUGGCUCUUUCUCAAAUGAUUGGCACGGCAUUCCCGGUAAAAUACAAAAUGUGGUUUCGAACCAGAAAUAUAAUGUACAUGCUGAUGUUCAAUUUUAUUUACGUAGUUCUGUGGUUCAUACCGACCAGGUGGUUGUUCGAGAUGCAAAAUAGAAUGAAUGUGUGCGGAGUAGAGCCCUAUUUGAUUGUUUAUUAUUACAAAUUUUGUUAUCCUGACACGAAAAGGGAACGUCUCCUUUGGACAACUUACGAGGCAGCUCGGGUAUUUUUCACCAAAUUUUUACCAGCCCUAGCGAUAUUAUUGGUCAAGAUUUGGACGAAUAGGAUCCAUAAAUCGUUGCUAAUAAAAAGGAUAAAUCGUAAUCUCGACGUAAAUUCCUCAAAUCUCUUGCCACCGUCCAAUAAAUUUUCGGGCUUCUAUAGAAAUUUGAAAGAAAGCGAUAACUCUCUCAGUCCGGAAUAUAGGAUGGCAAAGAGUUCCGAAGGAGAAUCUCAGCCUUCUUCUUCGAAGAAUUUCAUCAUAAGAAGCCCAAAAUUAUACACCAAAUUGCGGGAUAAUAAAGUGGAGAAUACGCUGAUCGGCAUAAUAGGUAUCGAAUUCGUGGUGCUACUGUUUCCGGUCUCGAUUUUUCUGAUCUUCCGCAAUUUUUACAUCAACACGAUGAUGGAUUACGAUAUAGAUGUAGCUUUAGCCGUUUGCACACUUGUGGAGUACCUAUACAUUUCGCUCACCUUUUAUCUCAACCUGAUAUUUAACCCCAUAUAUAGAAGGGGCUUAAUGGAUAAACCUUUCGAACUCGUUAAAUACUCGAAAAAAAGAUAA